UCAAGCCACUGAAGGAGGGGGCGAAGAAAGUAGAUUCUGUGAAUUAGCACAUUUGAUCAACAGGAGCUACAACAUCUUAAAGGAAGCAGGCAGACCGAACGAUAUGGACAAUAACCAUGUGUUGGCAAUGAUUGAACAGAAAUUGAACAUCCAGGAUAAGAAAUUUUGGUUUCGGCAUCUCCUGUAGAUAAUAAGGAGGCGACAUUAAGUAGGCUCAUUGACUGGAUGAUGAGAGAAAUGAAAUCUAGAAUGAGAGCAACUGCUCAAGUUAGAUCCACCAGCAAUGCCAAGUCGUCACAGGUUAACCAAGUAUCAACAGUAACGGGACACAAAUGCUGGGUUUGCAGAACAGACAGUCAUUGGACAGAUAGAUGUAAUAAGCUGAAAGAGAAGACCCCCUCAAGAGAGAUUGAAAGAUAUAAAGGCUGGCAAGGCUUGUUUCGGCUGUCUAAAGAAACGCCAUGGCAUAACAGCCUUUAAUAGAAAAUGCCAGUGUCCAGAAAUGCUGAAUGGAAUUCAAUGCAAAUAUUUUCACCAUCCGAUGCUGCACAUACCAGAAGGGAGUAAAAUAGUAGGUACGACCUCUUCAGUGAACAUGGAGACAAUAUUGCCAGUCUUAAAAGUAGAGAUGUCGGGAAAGAAAAACAUGUGCUGUCAAGCGAAUGUACUGCUAGACUCAGGGGCGCAGAUCAGCCUUAUGAGGAAGCCGCUAGCAGAGCAAUUACAUCUCAAAGGAAAAGAAGUGGUGACUACUAUCAAGAAAGUAGGUGGAGAAGAAGAACAGUUGUUUACAAAGAUUUACGAGACUCGAAUUCGCCCGAUGAACAGCAAGCAAGAAUGUAUCAUUAAGGCCAUCGGAAUUCCUUCCAUAAGUGAAGAUGUAGCUGAGAUAGGUGUAGCUGAUAUAGCAAAAUGGUUCAAAAUUAAGAUGGAAGAUGUUCAUCGUGAGCAUGGUAGCAUAGAUUUAUUGAUCGGGAUUGACUAUCCAAAUAUGCAUGUUGGUGAAACUAGAAACGCAGGAAACUUGAUCGCUCGUCGAUCGCCCUUAGGCUGGGUGAUUUUCGGAACAGUAGCUGGAGAUCAGACAUCAAACAGUGUAUUGCAUGUGAAGUUUUCAACGCCGGUCGACCUAACCGAUUUUUGGAGUACCGAAUCUAUGGGGGUAACUGUUAAAUCAUGUUUUUGUAAGGCAGAUAAGAUUGGAUCAGUAGAAGCCGGGGAAGCCAAAAUAAUAUCAAAUUCCUGUACCAAAUUAGGAGACCAAUGGUUGAUCCCAUACCCAUGGAUAAAGGAUCCAAAUCAACUACUGGAUAACCGGAUACAAGCAGAAAAGUAGUUGCAUUACAUUGAACGGCGGUUAAGAAGAAACCCAGAACACGCAGAAGCCUAUAAUAACCAAAUCAAAGAGAUGGUAGAUAUGCAAUUUGCUAGGAAGUUGUCAGAUGAAGAGUUGAAGUCAUACGAGGGUCCAGUAAAUUAUAUUUAUAUAUAUUUGACUGAAGAACUUGACGUAAUCUUAAAAAAGGGCGGAUUCAAAGUGAAGGGUUGGUUGUCUAACAAAGUGCUGAAACCAACGGAAUCUAAUCGAAAUGAAGCCACUUCAGAGCUUGAAUGAUGAGAACGUGCUUGGGACGGUGUGGGAUCCUAAAAGAGACCACUUGAAGUACAAAGUGACGAGCUUAGAUAACGUUGAACCAAAGCUAAAGCUGACGAAACGGAAGAUGUUAAGCCAAAUUGCGAAAAUAUUUGACCCGAUUGGGUUUGCAACCGCUUUCUUCAUUCGGGCAAAGAUAGACAUGCAGCACUUAUGGCAGAAAGGUGUUGACUGGGAUGAAGAGUUACCUCUGCUUCAGCUCAGAGUUGGUGGGUAAAGUUAUUUGAAGAAAUGAAGGAGCUAAAUACGACAAGUUUCCACAGAUGUCUAAUACCACCAAACACAAUUCAAGAUCCAGUGCUGUGUGUAUUUGCGGAUGCUUCCGAGGAAGCUUUUGGAGCUUGUGCGUACAUUUGGUGGAAAACCAGUGAUGAGAGGUUUGAUGUGAGAUUUGUGGCGGCAAAAUCACGAGUAGCCCCACUUAAAAAACUGACCAUUUCUAGGCUUGAAUUGCAAGCGGCGUUGACGGCCACACGGCUAUACAAGACUAUAAUGGAGGAAACCAGAAUUAAAGUCGGGAAGGCAAUCUUUCUAACUGACAGCAUGAUUGUGUUAGCGUGGGUACGGAGCCAAGCCAGAGGCUUCAAAUCAUUUGUAUCAAAUCGUGUUGGAGAAAUUCAAAGUGUAUCUGACCCAUCGCAAUGGAGACACAUUCCAGGCAAUUACAACGUAGCAGAUGAUGUGUCACGUGGUAUAUCAGUGAAGCAACUUAAGGGGAGAUGGCAACACGGCCCAAAGUUCUUGUUCUUACCCGAGAAAGAUUGGCCUCAAGAAGCAUCGAUGGUGGAUCGGCGAGAAGUAGAAAAGAGCAGAAAACUGGACAAAGUAUUUUCCUGACGCAUACGUGUCCAGACAUCAUUGAUUCCAGUAGAAUUUCGUCAUGGAAUAAGUUAAUCAAAGUGACGGCGUACGUACAUCGUUUCAUCUGGAAGAUGCGUUGUAGACGAAGUGAUGAAAUGGUAAUCAAGGAUAGUUCGCUGUCACCGCAAGAGUUGGAUGAAGCAGAGAAUUAUUGGAUUCUCAAAGCACAGCAGUCUUUGCACGAACAAGUAAAGAAAGGAGAAAUCAGAACGCUGAGUCCGUUCGAGAAAGAGGGUAUUAUUUACGUUGGGGGUAGAGCAUAGUGAUGCAGAUAACUUGAUUGCAUAUGACAGUAGGCACCCAGUACUUCUACCCAAGGAACACUACAUUUCCUAUCUCAUAACUCGUUAUAUGCAUGAGCAGGUUCACGGCGGGGUAGCGGUCACGGCCGGCAAGGUGCGAAAAAGGUAUUGGAUCAUCGGAGUUGCUAAGUUGGCCAAAACUAUCAAGUUUCGGUGUGUGAAGUGUAGAAGAAUGGGUCGUCAGACUGAGAACCAGUUAAUGGCUGAUUUGCCAGCUGAGCGUUUAGCACCGUUCACACCACCAUUUCUUUACACAGCUUGUGAUUACUUUGGGCCAUACUCAGUUAAAGUUGGUCGCAACAAGGUAGCGAAGCAUUAUGGCGUCAUAUUUACUUGUUUAAAUACUAGAGCGGUACACCUGGAGGUUGCAGUUGAUUGUUCUUCAAUGGAAUUUCUUCAAGUGCUAUGCCGAUUCUUUGCGAUCAGAGGGCAACCGCUUAUCAUUUUAAGUGACAAUGGCACCCAAUUUGUGGGUGCAGAGAAGGAACUGAAAAAAAUGGUCAAGGGGUGGAACUCAAAGGAUUUUGUGCGGAACGACGGGUGCAGUGGAAAUUCACCACACCAUUGGUGCCUCACCAGAAUGGGUGCGCAGAGGCAAAAUUGCAAAAUUGCAUUAAAAAAGGCUAUAGGAGAGCAGACUUUGACACCAUUCGAGUUGCAGACUUGCUUCAUGGAAGUGAGUAAUCUGGUGAACCAACGACCGAUAGGAAGGAUACCUAACGAUCCUGACGAUGGGAGUUUUCUGUGCCCAAAUGACAUUUUACUGGGUCGAGCUUCGAGCAGAACGCCGCAUGGACCCUUCCGACAGACAAAAAAUCCAAGACACAGUUGAAUUUGUGCAACGUAUCGUUGACAGUUUCUCGAGAUGCUAGACUCGAGAUGUAUUUCCCUUGUUGAUGCCACGGAAAAAAUGGAAUACCGACCGGAGAAACGUGAGAGUGGAUGAUGUAGUUAUAGUUGCUGACCCUAAUGCAAUUAGGGGAAAGUGGACUCUAGGAAGAAUUAAGGAAGUGUAUCCUGGUAAUGAUGGAAAAAUCAGAAAUGUUCAGGUCAAAACUGUAAAUGGACAAUAUUGUAGACCAAUAACUAAAAUUAUUGUUAUCUACCCGGUUGAAGGUUAUGAACAAUAGAUAUACUUCCACUAGUUUUAACGUGAACGUUGAAUAAUUAAAGUAGAUUACCAUAAGUAAUUUCUCCAUUGAGAGGGGGGAGGAUGUUUCGUUAAGAAACGAUUGUCAGUAGCGUGCAUGUGUGGUGAAUGUGCAUAUUUGGAAGGAGACAGCAGCUGCAGGGUCAGUCGAAGUAGACCGAGUAUGAAGUGUAAUCAUGGUGACGGCCUGUUGAUGGGUAGUGAUAAUGAAUGUAAAUUUAGCGGAGUAUGAGAGCCUGAGAAGCUAGAAUGUUCUGAUUAGUCAGUUGUUAAGUUUGAUUGACACUCCGGAAAGGUCUAUAGAGGGAAAUGGCGAACCGAAAUGACGUCACAGAAAUUUGUUUGCAGUGAUGCCACACUCUGUAUAGCAUUUGAUUGCAACAAUUUAUCAACUGACCAUCCUAAUCUGUCAUAUCACAGUGUGCCGUCAGAUAACCGAUCAUUAAGGGAUAAGUGGUUUAAUCGGAUUAAAAGAGAUAAACGUCAUUUGGCAUUAACUUUGUCUGCCAAAGUGUGCUGAAGUCAUUUCCAUAAAAGUGAUUUCAUUAACCCAACAUCCAAAAAAAGGCGGCUAAAACCAGACAGUGCCCCUUCCAAAUUUGCCUGGACAUCACCUGCGGCUGGUGAGGAAUCAUCUUCAGAUGAUGAUAUAAGGCCUGCAGUUCAAAAACUUACAGAUUUUAGAGAUGAAGUAGAGGAUGAAACUUAUGCCUCUGUACAGACAACUUGAUUACAUGGAAGAAGAAAAAGAAGAAGAAUGUCAUCAUGCAUUUUCAGUUAAUCAACUAUACUAUAAGUGUCAUACGCAACAAAUGGAGUACAAAUUAUUUAUGCAUUUUACUGGUUUUCCAUAAAAACAGCGCUUUGUUGAUUUUGCACAAUUUAUUAUUCCAACGUUUGACUAUGAUGAUAUUUUUUAUUGGAAAACUAAAGCAUGUAAAAGAAGGCGGAUUGAUAUGGAAGCAGUACUUGAGAGUGGUUUGGAAGAAAACCAUGAGAGCGAUAAUGAAGAUGAUACCCGUCCCAAAAGCCAUAAGAUGACAGUUUGGAAUGAACUGCUCCUGGUGUUGAUUAAACUUAGAACAGGAUGUUCAAAUAUUGAUCUUUCAGUACGCUUUAAUAUUGCUGAAGGAACUGUAUCUAAUAAAAUUAUCACAUAUGUUAAUCUUCUAUAUACAACUCUUGGCUCUCUCAAAAUAUGGCCACAUCGUGAUAUAUUACUGAAACAUGCACCAACGAAGUUUAAAAAAAAUUACCCAAAUACUGUUAUCAUAAUAGAUGCUACAGAGCUGUUUGUUAAUGUUCCAAGUUCACUACAAAAACAAAGCGAGUGCUACUCACAUUAUAAGCACCAUGCAACACUCAAAGGACUUCUCGGUGUUGAUCCUAAGGGAGGAGUUAUCUUUGUAUUGCAACUCUUUGAAGGAUCAAUUAGUGGUAAAGAGCUUGUUAACAGAAGUGGGUUUCUGAAUAUUUUAAAAUCAAAAAUAAAUUGUGGUGAAAUCCUUAAAGGUGAUGUCAUUAUGGCCGAUCGUGGAUUUCUUAUUGAGGAAGAACUAGUUGCAAUGGGGUUGCAGUUAAAUUCACCACCUGUUUUGCGAGAGAAGGGCAGUUUCAAUGUAAAUGAUGUCAUUAGAAUUCAGACUGUUGCAAAACAUCGUAUUCACAUUGAAAGAGCAAUUGGAAAAAUCAAAUGCUUUAGGAUUUUCCAAUCUGCUAUUCCAAUAGCAAUGUUUGGAACAAUCAAUCAAAUAUGGAGUGUUAUAUGUUUACUGUCAAACUUUCAGGACCCUAUUCUUACAACAAAUGAAAAUAUGAAUGAAUAUGUAGAUUUUAGAGUUGAUACAAACAGAGCAAAUUAAUAUUUUCAAGUACUGCUUUAUACUAAAAUUUAAUGAAAACUUACUGUUAUGGCCAUUUUACUUAUUUUGCAUUAUUUCGCAUUAUUGUUGCUACGGCAAACGCGCGUAUGGUUUAUACGCGCGUGCGUAGAGAAUAAUACGAAAGCAUCUUAAGAUUCAUCUGUUUUAUCGAUCCCAAGCCGAGCACACCUUGUAAGUAGACUUAAUUAUAUGAUAUAUAAAUAUAACUUAAUUAUAAUAUAAUUUGGAAGUUUAGAUGAUUGUUUUAGCAUGUAUUUUUAAUAUAGGCCUUGCAUGCCAUUAUGGGAUAUGAGGACCAAUUCGUAAGUCUUAUUAAUUGUUAUUAUGAUUAGUUAUUGAUUGAUUUAUUAUCUAUUGUUACUAUUUUGUAGUUCAAUCGUGACGUUGGUUAGACUGUAUUUUGUUACGUUGUUAGACGGCGUAUCAUAUGUACCGUACUGUUGGUUGGAAAUGGUAUCUUUUGUACCGUUAUAUUGGAAAAAAUAAAGUUAACCAGCAACGCAUUGAAAACAUCUGUCUUGGUGUUUUAUUGGGGUCGAAAUAGACGAAACAAUGUACAUAUUGCAAUAA